AUGGAUAACUACAGUGGUAAAAUUGAGUACCGUAUUGAAGCACCCUUUUUCAUAAUCAAGUUGAGUGAUCCGGGGAGACUAAAUUCUCUGGCCGGUAAUGACUACUUAUAUCUGGCGCAAUUAUUAGAAAAGGCGGAUGAGGAUGAUUGUGUGUAUUUCACUGUUUUGCAGAGCAGCGGAAGAUUCUUCUCGAGCGGCGCUGAUUAUCUCUCCAUAGGUAAGGCUCAGGAGACUAACAAAAGUGAACCCGAGCUGAAUAAGUGGCUAAGCAACUUUGUUUCUCGUAAUGUUUACGUUACAGAUAUGUUCACGAGGCACCGAAAGAUUCUCAUUUGUUGUUUGAAUGGGCCGGCCAUAGGGCUGAGCGCUGCGCUGUGUGCACUCUGUGAUAUAGUGUACUCGAUGAAUGAAAACGUGUAUCUGUUGUUCCCGUUUGCGUCUCUUGGGCUUGUCACAGAAGGUGCCACGUCAGUAACACUGCCUCUGAAGCUAGGGAAUAAUGCAACGUACCAGGCGUUGAUGUUCAACGAGCCUAUCAAGUACGACAAAUUGAAGGGUAGUGUAAUAACAAAAAAUUAUGGACUGAAUGAUACGGAAAAGUUCAAUACCGCAGUCAUGGACGAGUUGCGACAAAAAACCAAUCAUUUGUAUCUACCCAGCAUUCUAGGAAUCAAGAAGUUGCUCAUGAUUAACAUCCGAGAUCAAUUGGAGCGGGCUAACGCGGUGGAAGUUAAUGAUGCGUUGAAAUGCUGGGUGAAAGGUGAGCCUCAAAAAAGAUUCAAGGAGUUAAGUCUAAAGCAGCGGAAACAUAAACUUUGA